CAACAGUAGCAUAGGGAGUUCCGUCUCUUGGUAAAAAAAAAAGGCAUAGGGAGUUCCGUCUUCUCGUCUCCCAGCCAACCCAAUCAGACGACCGAAAAUGGAGGCGCUCGUGGUGCGGCAGCUAGGGGACCCCACGCUGCCGCCUGGCGGCGAGGACUCGCCGUUCGGACCGAUCUCCGGUGACCAACCGGUCCUGGAGCUCUCGUCGCCGACGUCCGUACGUGUACGCGUGGCGGCGACCAGCCUCAACUUCGCGACGUUCCUGCAGGUGCAGGGUAAGUACCAGGAGCGUCCCCCGCUGCCGUUCGUGCCAGGCUCCGACUACAGCGGUGUCGUGGACGCCGUUGGCCCCGGCGUGAGCAGAUUCCGCCCCGGCGACCGCGUCUGCUCCCUCGCUAGUGUUGGGUCCUUCGCCGAGUUCAUCAUCGCCGAGGAGAAGGCACUAUUCGCAGUGCCUGAUGGAUGUGACCUGGUUGCUGCCGGAGCAUUACCUGUUGCAUUUGGUACAUCACAUUUGGCUCUUGUUCACAGGGCUCAACUAAAGGCUGGUCAGGUGCUACUUGUACUCGGUGCUGCUGGCGGUGUUGGGGUAUCUGCCGUACAAAUAGGAAAAGUUUGCGGCUGUAUUGUUAUUGCAGUUGCCAGGGGAAUUGACAAAUUGCAGUAUCUGAAGUCCAUAGGCGCUGAUCAUGUAAUCGACUCAAGCAAGGAGGAUGUUAUCGGAAGUGCCAAGUCAUUCUUAAAGACAAGAGGUCUAAAAGGUGUCGAUGUAUUAUAUGAUCCUGUUGGGGGCAAACUUACUCAAGAUAGCUUGAAACUUCUAAAUUGGGGUGCACAUAUUCUGCUCAUUGGAUUUGCUAGUGGAGAUGUUCCAGUCAUUCGAGUUAACAUUGCUCUUGUUAAGAACUGGACAAUCCAUGGUCUGUACUGGGGAAGCUACUUAAUUCACCGGCCAGCAGUACUAGUUGACUCCCUUAACGAACUCCUAUCUUGGCUUUCAAAGGGUUUGAUAACAGUUCAAAUUUCACACACCUACAGGCUCCCUGAGGCCCAUCUUGCUUUUGCUGCCUUGAGGGAUAGGAAGGCCGUCGGUAAAGUGAUGAUUGUUAUUGGCUCGUCAGCAAAGUCAAGACUCUGAUUCCCCUCAAAUCAAAUGGGUUCCCUAGGAAAUAAUCUACUGUGAACUAGUUGUAUUUUAUUGUCGGUGAUAAUAGCAUCUAAGGCAGCUGUAGCGUCCGCAGUGCAUGCCAAUGUAGCCAGCAGAAAUGAAAUGGGUUCAUAUGUACACCAUGUGUAGCAAUACACUUUUGAGACAACUCCUACUGGUGCAGUGGUCCAAGUAAAUAUGAAUGUAAUCCAAAUAAAUACGGUAACUAGUACUCAGGUAAUUCCCCGUGCAGGUGUAUUUUUUAUUCUGAAUCUAGAAAUGUAUGUUAGCUUAAUGUUCGGUGC